GAUCUCUCGUGCAGUCAGCCAUGGCUGUGGAAAUCUUGUCUCGACAAGCAUCUCCUGUGGAUGGUUUGCUCACAUUGCUGAAAAGUUCUCGAUCUGCAGUGCGGAUAUCAACAUUACUCCAGAUUGGCAAAAUUGACCCCUCCAGAGCAGCGCAGUUUCAGCUAGAUUUGCAGGUCGUGGAGAUGCUUCGUGACUCAGAUUCUGGGGUGCAAGCACAAGCUUUGCUGACCCUCAGCAAGCAAGGUGAACGAGGUGCUAGACAUUGCCAUCAAAUUGUGCGGAAACUCUCUCAUCCAGUCAAGGACGUCCAACUAGCUGCACUGCAAGCUUUGGGUGAUCUUGGACCUCUUGCAGCUUCAACUUCCACAGAUGUUUUGGGAGUGCUGCAGGGCAACCAGGAUCCUGCUCUUGUGGCUGCGGCAGCCUUGGCCAUUGGCAAAAUGAAGGUGAGCUCCGCAGCGGACAAGGUUGCUGCAAAACUUGACGGCCCUUAUUCCGAAGUGGUGAAGGCAGCUUGUGCCGGGCUGUCGUCCAUGGACCGACGCGUAGAUGCCAUUGGCCAAGUUCUGCUUUCCCACCGAGACACUUCGGUGAAGGC